CAUGCAGGAUCAUCACUCCUUUACUCCGAUCCGAGCGUGCUGAGCUCUUACAAAUCGCUGCUUAUGUUUGGUUCAGUUACAGCGGGAUGAUGGCUGAUCUUUACCAGCACCCGGUUUUCUUUGAGUGCGAGAGUCUUAAAAAAGAACAUCUGACGAGAUUACAAAAUUAUUUCCGUAAUCGUCGCAAAUCAGGCGGAGGAGAUUGCGGACAACUGACGAGAGUGGACGCAAACGUCUACAGCGUGGUUUUCCAAAAUAAAAAAGAUCAGCAGAGAGUUCUUCAGAGAUCAAAGCAUGUUUUGGAGAUUGAAGAUUGUCGUUUGGUGUUCACUGUCCGAGAAAGUCUGCAAAAUUCUACCUCCUCUCACUUCAUGACCCCCACUUCCAAUCCAGCAGAGACUCCUGAGCACAUUCCUGCCUCAUCUCUUCUACCAAGCAAUGACGGAGUGGAGGCGGUGAGGGCCAUACAGGAACCAUGUGACAGGCUUCUUCAAGGGAUAGAUGCACCUGAUGAAGAUACAGCAAGAGGAGCCACUGCCAGAGCUCCUGGAGGCAGAGUCCUCAUGGAGGUUAUUCAGGGACUAAUCGAGAGCCAACAGGUGGAUGCUUUGGUGUCUCCUAUGGUUGGCCAUAAUCCUCACUCUACCCGUGUUGGAAAUGCUUUAUUUGCAGUAGCUGGACGCCAGCUGACCACAAGGUUUAUAAAGGAAGCAGAAGAUGAAACAAUGCCUGGUGACUCAGUACUGCUGGAGGGCUUACCUGGACUUCAAUGUAAUGCAGUCUUCUUCCUCAAUCUUGUUCGUUGGGACGGUGACCCAGACGGCGUGCCAGUCCAGGUUCUUCGAAUGGGCAUCAGAAAGAUCCUAUCUUCCUGUGAGACAAAAGGAUUCACAUCUGUCUCUCUUCCCGUCAUUGGUGCUGGGAUUGCUCUGAAAUUUCCUGACAGUGAAGUGAAGAGGGUGUUAACAGAGGAAAUGCACAUAUUUGAACAGGAGCGAACAGGCAUCACACCAUUCCUGAUCCGCAUCGUCAUUCACUUUGAUGACGCGGAGACACUCAAGACAUUUGGCUCUGUCCAAAAUAAACAAUUCACUGAAGAUGUUCAAAAUAAAGACCAAGAUCAAGAGUCAACAACAAUGAGGUUGGUCCUGCUGGGAAAAACUGGAUCUGGGAAAAGUGAUUUGGGUAACACCAUUCUUGGAGAGGAGCUCUUUGCCACCUACCAUUCUCCAAACUCUGGGACAAUGAAAUGCCAAACAGAAACAAAAACAGUCAGUGGAAGAAGCAUCACUCUGAUCGACACCCCUGGUUUCUUUGACAAGGGAAGGUCUGAGGAAGAUCUGAAGCCUGAGAUAAUGAGCUGUAUGACAGAGUGUGCUCCUGGGCCUCAUGCUUUUCUCAUUGUGCUUCAAGUGGGCAAAUUCACAGAGCACGAGCAGGCUGUCGUCACUAAGAUACAUCAGUCUUUCUCAGAUGAAGCUCUAAAAUAUGCUGUAGUUGUUUUCACUCACGGUGACCAGCUCAAGAAAAAGAUGAAAAUUGAAGAUUUUGUCAGUCAGAACAAAAAUCUGAGUGAUCUGGUGUCAAAGUGUGGUGGUCGGUGUCACGUCUUUGAUAACGAACACUGGAACAAGAACCAGCCAAAUAACUACAGGAGCAACCAGUUCCAGCUGGAGGAGUUGCUGAAAACAAUAGAAAAAAUGGUGGUGGAAAAAAACGGAGGUUACUACACCAAUAAAAUGCUGCAACAUGUGGAGACGGCAAUACAAGAACAGGUAGAGCACAUUAGACACUCAAUGCCAGAUAAAACCCCAGAAGAGAUCAGAAACCAGGCUAAAUCUAAUGUGUUUAACAGGUUUCUGAUCCAAAUGGCAGGGAUUGCAACAGGAGCUUUGCUCGGUGCUUUUUUUGGUGUUGUAACAUUGGCUGAAUUUGCUAUCAAAGCUGUGAAGAACCCACAACUGAUGAAUGUCACAAAAAAGCUUUCCACAUUAGCACGAGUACCAGCUGCACACGAACCAAAAGCACUAGUAGUUGCUGGAGCAGUAGGCUUGACAGCAGCUGUAGGAGUAGGAGGAGUAAUGGGAGGUGUCAUUGGAAAUGAAGCCGCUAAGGAUGCAGAGUCACUUUCAGAAGCUGUACAGAAAACAUAUAAGGCUGUAGAAGAAAAAGGAAAAUCUCUCACUCACUUAAUGUAAGGUUUUCAUAAUAAUCAGAUAUUUAUGUGAACAUUUGAUUAUUUUAUUACCUCUUGAUGUUGUUACAUUAUAUAUAAUGUUUAAAUAUUUAGAAGGCGGUAGAGAAAAUUUGGAGUCCAGUCCGUUAGACAGGAGGGUUUUGUUGUUUAGCCACUUUAGCACUUAACACUUUUUUUGCCUGACUGCCAUUUGGUGGUGGGAACAUAUUCUUUGGUGUGUUUAUGAGAGAUUUAUGUUCAAUAGGUUUGUGGUCCUUAAAAAGUAAAACGAUGAGCUUAAAGAUUCCCUACCAAGUCUGUCAGUAUGCUUGUUUUGCUUGUGAGAUUGUUGCUUGAUCUCCCUGGUGCCUCAUUAUUUUGUCUUGUCCAUAUAAAGGACAAGACUGUUUAUGACCAUGAAACACAGACUUAAAAACUCCAACAACCACUGAAGAAAUUAGGUUUUGUUUCUGUUUUUUUCUGAUAUUGUCAAAUCUCUAGUUUUACUUAAUUGUAAACGAUCUGAUAUUGAUAGAACUACUUGAAAUGUGUAUGAUAUAUUGGUGAUGUGAUUGACAGAUCAAAGAUGAUGUAUUAAGCAAUAAAAGCACUAAUUU